UCUGAGGCGACUCGCGACGACCUCUGGCUGCUAUUGGUUCCGAGAAAUAUCAAUCUCAACAACACGUAAUCCUAUUGGUUGAUACCCCUCUGGUAAGGUGGUGCUUGGACGUGUUCUUGUUGGCUACAUGCUAGGGGGCGUCACAUGGGAAAUAAUACUUCUACCUGACAGUUGAACUUUCUACACUCUCCUCACAUUUGGACCAUUCAAGCAGCAACAUGGCAAACAUCGGCAGGCUCUCCACCAAGGAUGCAGUGCUCUUUCUAUGUGACAUGCAAGAAAAGUUCAGACCCAACAUCUUCCAGUUCACCAACAUUGUCAGCAAUGCAGCCAGACUGCUCCAGGCAAGCCGUGUUCUGGGCAUUCCUCCCAUCUUGACAGAGCAGUACCCUAAAGGUUUGGGUCCCACAGUACCAGAGCUGGGAGCAGGAGACCUAACAGCUUAUUCUAAAACUUCAUUCACCAUGAUGAUAGAGGAGGUGGAGAAAGAGCUGCAGGCCCUUGGAAACCCCAAACAGGCUAUACUGUGUGGAAUAGAAGCACACGCUUGUAUUGCGUGCACAACUUUUGACCUGCUUGAAAAGGGAAUGGAGGUUCACAUUGUGGCUGAUGCCGUCUCAUCCCGAAGCCAGACAGACCGUUUGUUUGCCUUGUCCCGACUGAAGCAGAGCGGAGCUUACCUCACCACCACAGAGGCUGUUCUGCUGCAGCUGGUCCAAGACGCCAAACACCCCAACUUCAAGGAGAUCCAGAAGCUUUUGGCCCACCCGUCCCCUGACACCGGCCUCCUUGCCUUCUUCAGCGCUCUGUAGGGAGAUCAUCACCUGUCAUUCUGUUUCAUAAAAACUGUACAGGACUUUCACUGCUUCCAACAUACUGAUAAAUUGAUCCAAUAAAGCGAUGCUGCUACUUUGAAUUUG